UCCGUGGCACGCCCGGGCGACACCCCCCACGUGGCGGCGGUGACCGGCCUGAGCGACCCAGCGUGGCCCCUCCAGCAGCCGUGGGGCCGGGACUCUGAGCUGCCGCCGACGUCCCUUCAGCGCAUCCCCUUCCGGGCGGACCGCUCAACCAGCCUGAUCGAGGGCUGCCGCGGCGACGCCAAACCGCCCUCGUCCCGCUACAAGACGGAGCUGUGCCGCACCUUUGAGGAGAGCGGCGCCUGCAAGUACGGGGCCAAGUGCCAGUUUGCCCACGGCGCGGCCGAGCUGCGGGGGCUCUGCCGCCACCCCAAGUACAAGACGGAGCCUUGCCGCACGUUCCACACCUCGGGCAUUUGCCCCUAUGGCGCCCGCUGCCACUUCAUCCACAACGCCGAGGAGCGCCGCCUGCCGCCCCCGCGGGCGCCCAACCCCUCGCUGAACCACCGCUGCUCCACCGUCGACCCCUUGCCACCGCCGACCCUGCGUGGCCCCCGCCUUCCGGAGACCCCCUUCCCUUGCGACGCCCUGAGCCAGCCGACUCUCGCCUGCCCCCUCCGCGCCGCCGGAGCCGCCCGGGGGUCCCUGCCCUGCCCCUUCGCCUUCCCGGCCCUACUGACGCUGCAGAAGACCCUUUCUGCUGACUCCCUCUCCGACCAGGAAGACUCCGGGAGCUCGGGGGGCAGCAGCGGGUCAGAAUCCCCGGGGCUGGGCCCACUGGGCCGCCGGCUGCCCAUCUUCAGCCAGAUCUCCGUCUCCGACGACUGAAAGGGUGUUUCGGGGUUGGGAGGAGUAACUGAGGCAUGGAGAGAAAGAUGCGAGAUUUCCCUUGUGUGUUCCCCCCCCCCGGCACCCAGAGAGAGCUGGAGGCAACUAGGAACCACUGCUCUUUGUGUGUGGAUGCCCACCUGACUUUUCGCCUCCGCUUAAACAGGUUCGCUAGGUUUCCGCACCGAUUCAAAAACCUCACCGACCUCUUUAUCCAGAGGCAACAGUGUGUGUUUUUGUAUGCUGUGGGGCGGGGCGAGAGGUGUGUCUUUCUCAGACCACUCCCAGCACUCUUAAAAAUGGUCUGGUUUAUCUAGAUAUCCCGAGUUGUUUGGGAAGACUCUUUUCUUUUAUGCUGUCGAUGAUUUGAUUUUUUUGUUUGUUAAAAAAAAAACCUGACGUUUCUCAAGCGAUGGACUGAGAUGAACAACCUCUGCGCUAUUGCUGACUGUCUCUGCUUGAGGGAGGGAUCGAGGAAAUUAUUUGCAGAGUGAGAAGGAGGUAGAACCACGAAAACAGGCGACGUCCUGCUUGCUGCGAUAGUUUUACGGAGAGCGGCCGUAUUUGGGAAGUUUGGAGCAAUGCCGACUCCAUGGAGCGUGGAGAGAUUUUUUUUCUGCGGCAUCCCGGAAGAUGUUGUUUUCCGCUGGGCUACUCACAUUUUCUCAGGGUCACCUCCCCCAACUUGGUUGCCCAUUUUUUGGACUACGACUCCCAUUAUCUGCAGCCACCGUUGCACACGGCUGGGAGUUGUAGUCCAGAAGCUCUGGCGUGGGCACCAAGUUGGGGAAAUC